CUGACGGAUACGCUUCCGGUUCUCCGAGGUCUUCUAGGCUAGGCUCCCGGCGCGACUGUUCCUCUGGGCCUUCUGGGAACUAUAAGACAAGCGAGGAUGCCCCGGAGCCAGGGGAAGACAGGGUAGCGAGCUCAGGGCAGAAUCGGAGGGACCGGGGCCCUCGGAGGCCCGCGGGUGUCCAGGCGAGGCUGUUGGGCGUCAGGGGGCUGCAGGCCUCGGGGCGGGCAUCCUGGCAAGGAGAGGUGUGUGCAUGCAGAAAUCGGAUCGCAGUUAAGUCCAGCGAUGCCCCUGAACCAGUAAACCCGGGCCUGCUUACAGUGAACUGCGGUUGAGGGAAUGAGCAGGUCCAGGUUGGGCAGAAUGGCGCUUCAUUGGAGGGUCUGUCGUUUGGAGGGAAGGGAUGCCAGUCUCCAUCACUUCGGACAAACAUAGUUUCCAAUCUCUUUCGUCUGAGUUGCUGAAACCACGUCCAUCACCACCCUGGGGGUUAAUGACUUCCAUCAUCUAGAAUGACAGUGUACCUACAGAGAAGGUUUUUGAGGAGGCAUUAAGUAAGACAGCAAUUCAGUUUAAUACCUGGGUUUCCAUUCACACAGCAAAGUUCUCACUGGUCCAUUCAGAGCUACUCGUGGGCAUUCCCUCAAGCAGCUGCUUCCAGUAUGGUGGUGGUGAGAGGCCCUUUCCUUCCAUGGUGUGUCUGCAAGCCGCUGUAAGAGCUGCCAGACUGCUGGCUGCAGCCCCAUUCUUCCUCACCCAGCCCUUCCUUCUGUCACCAUUCCUGGCCCCUUCUUGAGAGCUCCUGAAAAUGGACAGUUCCCAGAGAUUAGUUUCCUUCAAGGACUUGACUGUGGACUUCACCCGUGAGGAGUGGCAGUACCUGGGCCCUGCUCAGCGCCUCCUAUACAGAGACGUGACGCUGGAGAAUUACAGGAACCUCAUCUCAUUGGGGUUUCGUGUUAGCAAACCAGAAGUGAUCUUAAAAUUGGAGCAAGGAAAAGAGCCUUGGAUAGUGGAAGAAUUGUCAAGUCAGAACCAUGCAGGGAAGUGUGAAGACCGAGCAGAAGAUGACGAUACCUCAGAGAAAAACAAGGGAAUACAGGACAAACAUUUGAAGCAGUUCUUAGCCUUCAGUAACAAAACGAUGCCAGAAAAAGCCACUCUGUUUGAGAAAACAGUUGCUCUUGACAUCAAUACUGUUUCUUCAGAAAAAACAUUCCAUAAAUAUGACCCAGGUGGGAAUGGCUUGAAAACUAAAUCAGAAGAAACUGUUGCAAAGCAAAGCAGAGAAAAUACAAAGGUAAUUGCUGAGCCUGAUGGGUGUGAGAAGCCACUGCUCCACACAAAGCCUGACAAAAGCCAUUCUGUGACAAAACGGAAUGGAUGUGAUGAGGUUAGGGGUGUUAGGAGUCAAGGGGAAGCGCUUACUCAAGACCAGAGCAUCCAGUCUCUAAGUCAACCUUCUGAACAUAAGGGUGGGGAACCCGUCCUUCAAAAGUCAGCCCACUCUGCAGGAACGGGGGAAGGUGCUGAAAGAAAACGAAACGAAUGUGUGGAGUGUGGAAAAACCUUUUCUAAGAGGUCCACCCUCAUUGUACAUCAGAGAAUCCAUACAGGAGAGAGACCCUAUGCUUGUAGUUAUUGCAGGAAAACUUUUCGUAUAAAGGCAAGCCUCACUCGGCACCAACGAAUCCACACUGGGGAGAGGCCUUAUAAAUGCCAAGAGUGUGGGAAAGCCUUCAUUGACAAAUCUGCUCUCAUCGUGCAUCAGAGAAUUCAUGGGGGAGAGAAGUCCUAUGAGUGUACCGAAUGCGGCAAGACCUUCUUUCGGAAGUCAGCCCUGGCUGAGCACUUCCGAUCGCACACAGGGGAGAAGCCUUACAAAUGCAAGGAGUGUGGGAAUGCCUUUGGCAAGAAAUCUUACCUCAUCGUACACCAAAGAACUCACCGAGGAGAGAAGACAAACGAAUGUAAGGAAUGUGGGAAAACCUUCUUCUGUCUGUCAGCCCUGACAGCGCACCAGAGGAUUCACAGCGGGGAAAAGCCCUACGAGUGCCCCGAGUGUGAGAAGACCUUCUUUUGUCAGUCGGCCCUCAGUGUGCACCUGAGAAGCCACACGGGAGAGAAGCCCUACAAAUGCCACCAGUGCGGCACGUCCCUGUGCACUAAGUCUGCUCUCGCUGCGCAUCAGGUCAUCCACGGAGGCAAGACGUCCUUGGAAUGCAGUGAGUGCGGGAAGCUGUUCCACCUUAAGACAACACUCGCCAUACAUCAGAGAACUCACGCCGGAGAGAACCACGGCGAGCUUAGUAAAUGGGGUCACGCACCCACUGCCAAUUCCAACGGCAGUGAGCAGAAAAAAGUGGACCCGAAGGAGAAUCACUACGAGUGCCACGAGCACAAGCCCACAGUCCACAGAAAUUCGCACCACUUUGCACAUAGGAGAACCAUAUGGGAGAGGCCUUACGAGUGUCACGAGUGUGGGAGGACCUACUGCCGGAAGUCUGCUCUCCGGCACCAUCAGAUGACACACACAGGAGAGAGGCCCUAUGAGUGUAAGGACUGUGGCAAAACCUUCUACCAGAAAGUCUCCUUUAUCGAGCACCAGCGAACUCACACUGGGGAAAAACCACAUAAGUGCAAACAGUGCGGGAAAUCUUUCCGCCACAAGUCAGCAUUCACAGUGCAUAAGAGAAUUCACACAGGGGAGAAGCCGUAUUUGUGUAAUGAGUGUGGCAGAAGCUACCGUCGGCUCUGGACUCUGACUGAACACCAGAAAAUACACACAGGGGAGAAACCCUAUGAAUGUAACACAUGUCAGAAAACAUUUCGCCAUAAGUCAAACUUCCUUUUACAUCAGAAUACUCACAAGAAGUAAAUUCCAGCAAGGCAACAGGUAAUUUACAUAAUGCUCAGAUCCUGAAUUAUGCAUGAAGGAGCGAUACUGUGUCAGCAUCUGGACUACUGGAAGAUUUCCUGCUGACGUCAGGCCUGUGACACCCCCAGAGAGCUCACAUAGGCAACGUACAGUUUAUUUUAUGAACUUGAGACUUUCAGUGUGGUCUGUGAAAACAUUUAACAUUUCAAACAUUACACCAGGUGUGCCUGCCUUCCUUUCAAAUCCUGAAACAAAUAUUAACCCUACCUGUUGCCCUCCACAGUCAAUUUACAUGGUGUAUGUUGCCAGAUGUGAGGAUCCAGCCUGGAUUCCAGAUCACUACCAGUUGUUCCUGUGAUAACUGAAUAUUUUCUAUUUAUGAGUUUACAGUAUUAACAGCUCAGACUAUACAACCCACUCGUCUUCUGUCCCUGUUGUUGUCUAGUGACAGACGCCAACCCCUUUUAUCUGCAGAAGUGAGGAGGCAGACUAACCAUAGUGACAGACCUCAACCCCUUUAUCUGCAGAAAUGAGGAGGCAGACUAACCAUAGUGACAGACCCCAACCCCUUUAUCUGCAGAAGUGAGGCGACAGACUAACCAUAGUUCCCCUUGCCCACCUGCAGCAACUCUCACGUGAGUGAGCAUUUGCUGAGGCCGAGUCACUGGAGUUUUCUCAUGAGGGGUAGCGUGUAAGUGCCCCUGGAGCUUUCAGGUAAGCUAAGAAAACAGCGAUUACAGGUACCAUAACAAGAACAGAAAAAUGUAGUAAGCAGAUUUGAAUAGUGAAGAGGAUUUGGGGAGUGUUGGAAUUAAAACGCUGUCUCUGCUUUAGUAUUUUAAAUACCUCUGUCCCCUUAGUGGUUUGGUUAUGUCAGUGUUUAAAAGAAAAAAAAAAGAAUCUCAAAUUUCUAAUAAACAUGUCAGAAGGGGUGUUAUUUAGAAUCUACUUAUCAGCUUCUGAGUAAAGGUCUCUGUGGUGCCAAAUAGAAUCACAUCUAGCCAGAAUGCCAUUCAUGUGGGGUUAAUGUCAAGUCCUGGUAGCCAGCCCUGUGCUCUGAUGUGUUAUCAUUUCCUAGGACAAUGAAGUGAGUUUAUUUCAUUGACAAAACAAAGAAGAGCCACUGGGUAUCUUGUCCUGGGCCUUGGCUGUGACCAAGCUGACAAAGUGGCAUAAUGCUGUCACUUGGCUGAUCAGCCCCCCAGGAGUGGCCAGGCUAAGUUGUAUCUGUAACUCAGUCUCUCUUUGGCCUGUCUGCUGCCUUUGGUUGUGAUGUUGGGUUCUUGGUGGGGAGAGCUGCCCUUGGUUUGAGACCCAUCGGAAAUUCCAAUGUGAACAGGAGUGGUCUGUUUGUUCAGUUUCUAUUUUAUAUCCUUCAGCAAGGUAAACACAGUUGUGAAUGCACAUCUAUUUGAUGCAUAUAAUAUAUGCUGAAACAUGAAUAUAUGUGGUGUAUCAAUAAUCUUUUCCUGAAAUUUUUAGUAAUUACUUAAAAGAUUUGCUUGCUUUUGCAAAUGGAAUUUUAUCAUUUGUUUUUAAAAUUACUGACGGAGGCCUGACAAGGACUAGCAAGCAAAGGUGCUUGCUGGCAGGCAUGACAACCUGAGUUCAAUCUUUGGGCCCCACAUGAUAGGAGAGAACUGCUUUUCUUGCAAGUUAUCUUGGCUUCCACAAGUCUGAUUGGCACGCGCACACACAGAAAUAAAUAAAUAAAAGUUAAAAUGUUUUUUAAAACUGA